GAUGGCGGCCGUGUCGUGCGUGUUCGCGUCCUCGGCUAGCUGAUUUCCUCCUCUAAAUUACCGGUUUUCGUGGAGGCGAUGCGAUAAAACUACAAGUAAAAACCACGAAUACACCAUGGACUGCCCUAGAUUUCUUUGUAGGUGGGACGUCGCACUUUGGUGAGCUUCUUCUGGGCCUCCGCUGCUCGGCUUACAGGUUCCCCUUAGGCCGCAGGGCCACUUCGCUGCGUGACGUUGACAUUGACAGGUGGUGUCAGUUCACCGCCGAAGUCGGCACUGAAACAGCGCGAUGUUUGCAAGUCUGAAGAAUAAAAUCCGUGAGGAAAUUGGCAGCGACGUUUCCACCGUUGUUAGGAAUGUAGGGACCGUGCGUGGUAUCAACCCCAAGCAUCUCUCUCAAACAGGAUCGGCCAGUAGUAUCAGUGGUUCUCAGAUUUCCUUGGAUGGGUUAAGAGAAGAGUGUGCUCCAUCUCCAUCGCCACCACUAACCCUAAAGAGGGAGAAUAGUUUUGAGUUAAAACUUAGCGAUGGUACUCAACUCUCUGCAAAGGAUGUUAAAAGAUUCGAGAAUAGAGAGGACGAAUGGAGGAAACGUCUGCAGAAAAAAGAAGCGGAACUUAUGAAAAAGGUGGAGAAAAAGGAAGAGGAAUGGAAGGUUAAAUUACUAGAAAAGGAACGAGAAUGGAAAAAGAUCGUGGAUAAGCAGGAGAAAGAGAAAGUAAAAUUGGAAGAGGACAGGAAGAAGGCAGAGAAUGCAAAAAUAUCAUUAGAAAUAGCGCUUAGGAAUGCUGAAGAGUACAAAAAGAAGCUAUACAGUUUUCAAGAAGACGCAGAACAACUGGAAGGCUUCCAGGCACAGGAAAUGGCUAAAAUCAAACAUCUUUUACUAGCCAAAGAGCAAGAAGCCGAGGAAAAGGCCCACCACUUAAAAGCAGCAGUUUCUGAAAUUGAUACUUUGAAAGCUGAAGUCUCGAGGCUGAGGCGAUAUGAAGAUGAGCUUAACAAUGUACAAGACGAAAUGGAGACUCUACGUCAUUCUACCCAACGGGAAAGGGCGCAUCUGUCCAGCCAGCUGGCUCAAACCGAAGAGGAAGUCCGCCACCUGAAAGAUAAGGUAUUCGUCCUGGAGCAGAGGGUGGCCCUCGAGACGGACGAUGAUACGACCAUAGACGAGCGAAUAGCCGAUCUAAUGAGAGAAAGGACUCUGCUGGAGCGUAAGCUAGAAGAGGCUCAUCUGCAUCUGUCCGACAUCAAGACUAGCUGGUCCAGCAAGAUUUCCAGCCUGGAGACUCAGGUCGGAAGGCUGAGCCGACAGGCCGGAGAGGAGGGCCUCGAGAGGAGACGCGUCGAAGAAGAGAAGGAAGCCCUGAAGACGAGAAUUAAGCAGCUAGAGGCCGAGAUUGAGGUGAACAAUGUUGUCAUGGCGACGAAAGACGCGAAGCUUUUGCGCAUGGCGGAGGACAUCGACGAGAUGGCCACGGAACUGAAAGAGCUCCGGGCCAACGUCGAUGACGAGGUCGAGGAGUUCAAACGGCAAAUAAAUUCGUCCUCGCGGGAAAUUAAGCAAUUGAAGGCAGACCUGGAAAACGCGACAUCGAGUUUGACUGCAACUACGGCGGAAUUGUCGCACAUGAGACUAUCCUUCGAGGGAGAAAAGUCAAAUAAUUCCUCCCUUCAUCUGGAAGUGGCCCGUCUCAGGGAAACCCUGGAGUCCGAAAGAAUGACCACGGCUUCUUUGCGGGUCACUUUGGAGAAAGAGAAAGAGGAAAAGGAUACGGCAUUGCUAAGGAACGCCCAAGUGUCCCAGGACGUCGAGAUCGCGAGGCAAGGAAGAAAGCAACAGGAGAGUGAAAAUUUCGAACUCCAAAGUAGAAUAGAGGAUCUGGAGACAUUGCUCUCGAGUAAGGGCAAGGAGAACGAAGAGUUCUCGAGGAAGCUCUCCGAGAUGAGACAAAGGAUCGACGAGUUGGAAGAGGCCGAGAAGAAUCGGGAGAGGAUCGAGGGCAACGAGAAGAUCCUGAAAAGUAGUCUCUCCGAUAUGGAGGAGCAACUUACCGAGAAAACUAAGACAAUCAAGGUGCUACAACAACGUUUGGGGGACAUGAAGAAGACCCUGCAACGAGAAUUGAGGGUCCCUUCGUCUUCUCUCGACAGCGAUGCGGAGCCUGCCGUAGCUGUUCUGAGUCCUAGUUCUUCCAGGACGGUCACUGCCAGACAAUGCAACUCCAGGGAUGAUGACAUCAACUUCGUGUAUCUCAAGCACGUCCUUAUCAAGUUCCUAACGAGCAGAGAGUACGAAGCCCUUCACUUAACCAGAGCCGUGGCCACGCUUCUACACUUCUCACCUGAAGAAGAGAGACUGCUUCAAGAGACGUUAGAGUGGAAAAUGUCCUGGUUUGGAACUAGACCGAAUCUGGGAUUCGGUCAAACGGCAAAAGCGAUACCACCCAGCUGAUAACGAGGUGAUCGCUCCCUCCAUUCGCGACGUUGAAGCCUGUCGCGAAUUCGAGGUUGCGAAAGAAACGACGCGAGCUUUUCAAGAUCGGUGACCUUCCAAGGAAAUCGUGAUUUACGACGAGAAGACUCGCUCACAGUUUCGACAUUUAGAGAGUUAAUAUUAAGGCUGUGUUCUGCAGACGAUGCGACAAUUUUAAUGUGCACAUUUAUAUGCAUAGUAGCAGUGAAACUGGUCGUAUGAAGUCAAGCAGCCUUUCCCCCCGCGCCCCUUUUUUAAUUUUGUAGGAUACAGUGAAAUCCACUCAUCGAUUGCUCAUAGAAAAGACAUUAUUUUAAAAGCGGAUAAGAAAAGAAACGAAAGGGUGUAUCUGCUGCUGUAAGAGGGAAUGAUAUAAAUUCAUCUUAUGAUAAGACGUCUGCACUCAAUCGAUCAAUUAAUCGGCCACAGGAACAUGAUUUUUUACAGUGGAGUACUAAUACAACCUCGGAUACACACGAUAUUUAUUUUUAUUCAUUCCAUCGAUACGCUAAUACCAUGCCAUUUUUUAAUUGGCGCUAUAAACAUGUUUUGCAGGUAUUAUAAAUCACACGUAGUGCAAUUUUGCUAAAGUGUUAAAUAAAUCUUUAUGCGAAUACCAAUUUUCACUCAAAAGAGAUCUGUGCUGCAAUCGAUGGUUGCAGUUUCGUAAAAUUUUCGCUAUUAUCUCUACUUGUUAUGCAAUACCUCCAUGAACAUGGUACUUUGUUUAUACAUUCCACAAGUCACAUUUUUUUUUGUAUAAUUACUAUUUCUGUAAAAUUACAUGAUAUAUUAUAGGGAAUAUUGGUGAUAUAUUUUGUGCAGUGUAUUGUUGUUCUAGUUCUCUCAGCGUGGAUGAUCUAGUCGGUCUUUCCCGCGGUUGUUGGUACUUUUGUACGGAGCGCUUUCCCUUUUUUUGUAUUAGUCAAUUUAAUUGUAAUACAUGUCAUCCGUGCCUUGCACGUGGACCUCGACGAAUUCGAGUCAAGGAUAGCGAAUGUGUGACGAUAAUGUAGAAAUAAGGACUUCCACCCUAAAAGUCUAUAGUACGUCCGCAUAAAGUUAAACUGAACGUUCAUUUUUGUAAUUAAUUUACAUGUGCUUUAGGAAGUAAUACGAUAAUGUGUGAAUUCAUCAACGUACUCUUUAACAUAAAGGAUGAUCAAACACUUAGGAAUUUCUGAAUAACUCUAGACCAUUUUACAUUGUAUCACUUCGACCUCUAAGGGAAUCAUCUUAAGAGAAAUUGUUGCUAGAUAUCGAAAUACUCUACAAGUCAGUACAUUUAAUCUGUAAAAUUCGAAGCAUAUUAUGGAACCUGAAUAUAAGCUAUGGUUGCGUCAAUGUACGAUUUGUUGCUAUUAAUGUUCUAAGUUUAAAACUCGGACAUUCAUUCUAAUUGGCACUAAAGCGAUCAAAUUUAAAAAUCGUGCAACAUGUCAUACAAUUACAUGUAAGGCUAUGCUACGUGUACAGUCUUCACAAAAUAGUUAACUGAAGGUUUUUCAAAACGAAAUUGCUGAUUAUAGAACUUCUUCAAGGACAUUAUUAUGCAUUAUGAUGUAACCAUGUGAUAUAAGCGAUAUCAUUGACUAUGCACGUGUUGAAAUUAUUUGCAUAUAAAAUUUCACUGUCAAGAUAUUUGCAUUUUAUUUUUAAACAGUAAUUAGCUUUGUACUGGCCAAUGACAAAGAUGAAAAUCAGAAAUUAAUAAUGUCCUCUAAAUUGUUAAACGCUAAAAUACUUCAAUUUAGUUAAAAGAAACAGUUACGAACGUUCUUAUCAGCCGGGGCUUAAAACGCGAAUAUUUUAAUUAACAUUUUCCAAUGAAAUGGACAUGUUGACUAAACAUUGACUAUUAAUGAUCAAAAAUGAAUUGCAUGUACAUUAUUGAAACAUAAGCGAUCGGCUGAUAUCACACAUACACAAUAGCUAAUCAGAAAAAAAGAAAUAGCGAAUCUGAAGAAAAUUGUAAAGUCUGUGAAACAGACAUCCAUCGUAUAGUUAAUCAAACAGGUCACUCGAUGUCAAUAUCGACAUUCCAUUUAGGGAGUCAUUUUGUGUGUAAAGGAUUUGAAAUUGAAAGAAUUUGAAAAGCAAAUAACAAAAAUGUAUCAAAUGAAACCUGUUUAUUGUACACUACGUAAUAUUACUAAUUAUGACAAUGGGGAUGUGCACUUUUACUUAACGCACAAUGCGUCAAUCCGUGUAUAAAAUGUUACCAAAAAUUCUAUAAACUCAAAUUAAAACAAGAGGCAAUUUAGAACACUUUCAUCUCUACGUUUUUAUAUUUUAUAUAUGACGCUGAUUAAAAUUGUUUGAAAUUCAUUUUUAACCGUGUUGCUGAAAAAUGUUUAGAUCAAUAUAAAAAUUUAAGCUUAAUUCCAUUUCGCCAUCAUCUAAUAAAGAAUCAAUUACAAGUGCUUUGUCGAUUAAAAUGAUUUAGUAAAUUAAACAUAGUUACAACAAAUGCACGUAACCAUCGAAGAAGCCACUUUAUACAUUCGAGUCAAAUUAUUCAAGAAAAUGGAAUCCCCAUUCUGUUAAUUUAUUUGUUUUAUAUAGUGCACUGUGGAUACUUCAGCAACAUUUUUGUUAUCGUUAAGCUUGUUUGCAAAAUAGAUCCGAAAAUAAUUCACGAAAUUCAAAUGUAACAUCCUUAACAUACAUUACCUUCUUAAAGAAAAUAGUGGAAGUCGAUUAUUAACAAUAAAUCGACAUUCGUGCAUGCACAUCCUAUUAAUUUAUAAUCAUGUAUUUAAACUGUAAAUAAAUGGAACACACAUCGAUCGACGCGCAAACGGUGAAAUUAUGUUCGUUCAAUAUAUGCACAAGAAAUGUACUCAAAUAUUUUCCCCGCGAUCAUGAUACGUAUGUACGUAUGUACGUAUGUACGUAUG